AUGUCGUGGCGCAGCCAAGGCAUCACCGGCUCGAACAACAUCCCUCUCGGCAACCGACGCCGCUUUGGAGGCGACGAUGGCGAUGACAUGGCCAGCAGCGGCACGCCCGACCGCGAUCUGAAGCGCGGACGUGACCCUGAACCUCGUGGCGAGGCUGACGGCCCCCGUCGCCGCAAGAAGCGCAACAGAUGGGGCGACCAAUCCGAGAACAAGGCCGCCGGCCUCAUGGGUCUGACGACUGCGAUCAUGGGGAGCAUGACUGCUGAGCAGCUCGACGCCUACGCGCUGCACCUGCGCAUCGAGGAAAUCAGCCAGAAGCUGCGCAUCGACGACGUCGUGCCUGCAGAUGGUGACAGGUCUCCUUCGCCACCUCCUCAGUACGACAACCAUGGUCGUCGUGUCAACACCCGCGAGUUCCGCUACCGCAAAAAGCUCGAGGAUGAACGCCACAAGCUCAUCGAACGCGCCAUGAAAACCAUCCCCAACUACCAUCCGCCUCAAGACUACCGUCGUCCCACCAAGACACAGGAAAAGGUCUACGUCCCGGUCAACGAUUAUCCGGAGAUCAACUUCAUUCUCUGGUGGUGUGCCGAGCGUGAUUUGCAGAAGAAAUCCUCGGGCGAGAGCAAAGAUUUCCUAACCACCGUCUAA